UCUGAACAACCACUGCCAGCACCUGGUCACCCUCACAGUGACUGUUUCCUCGUGUUCAGGCAGGUGUGGGACAGCUCAGUGGCUGAGCAGACAUGGAGCCACAGCUGCUGUUUCCAGGGGGUCUGUCCCCGUCUCAGAGCAAGAGGGGGUGGCAGCGGUGGAGCUGGUGACGCUGCUCUGAGACACAGGGCGUGUGGGAGGAACUGCUGUGGGGCUGGUGUCGCACCAGCAGACCCUCUCCGGCAAGGAACCGCUUUUGGGAGAAGGGAGAGAGAGGCCCGGAGGACAUGGCACUCUCGUGCAGGAGCUGGUGUUGCCUUGCUCUUUUGAGAGAUGUCUCCAGCUGAAACAUAGUUGACGCACAUCCCAUUGCUACAAAAGGCUGGGUGAGAUGCUGAAGUGCCAAAGAUGUUUCCAAAGAGCCACAGGCAUGUUUUACCAUGAAGAUCCUGAGAUAUUCCUUAAAAAGAUCUCUUUGUAGAACUCCAGCAGGCUGCAGCAUGCUUCUGUUUCAGCUUUUCCAUGUGUGUUUGGAAAGAUGGAAGAUAACACAGCACAGCGAUGAUACCAGAGGCCAAGGGAAAACAUAACAGCCUUAUAAAUACAUCCGUCUUCACAAGCUCUAUUUUUCUCCCUGUUCAUUGUCCUUCACAGGCCCGUCCAUCAUGCCCAGAGAGGCCAUCCCAAGAGCAUGUCGCUGCAGGAGCUCAUCCCUCAUGCCGGUUUGAAAGUCUGCAGGGCUUUACCAUGUUAACCUGGCUGCAGGCGACCAUCACAGGCUACCUGUUACUGGUUUUGGAGGGGUCCUUCGCAGUGAAGGAACUCACAGAAAGAAGAGUCGCAGCUGAAGGAUCCUCCGUACUGAUGGACGCGCCAGAUAUCAAGAACGUAAAAUUAACUGAAUGGGAAUAUAUAAGAAACACCACCUCUGAAUUAAUCCUGCAGUACUAUGCGAAUUCCCAGUCUCCGACCAUUUACCCGGCUUACCAAAGUAAAUUGAUUUUCUUUAAGGAGAAUGGCUCGAUUCUCCUGCAGAGGUUACAGGAGACAGACAGCGGCAUCUAUAAAGCAACAGUUGAUCUGAAGCAGGGAGAAGCUAGGACAACCUUCCUUGAAGUUAUCAAGCCUGUGCCCCAGCCUGAGCUCCAGUGCAGAUCAAACCUGGCUGGUUUGCCCAUAGAGCUGGUCUGCAUGGUGCCAGAGGGAAUGGUGGCUUCCAUCACCUGGAAGAAAGAGGGACAACCACUUCCCCCUGAAAAAUGCUCUCUGCUCUCUGGAAACACCACCGUGCUGCAGAUAAGGAGCGGAGAAAAGUCAGACUGUGGCUCCUACUCCUGCAAUGUCAGCAACGUGAUAAGCUGGAAGGAGGCAGCGCUGAACCUGACAGUGACAGGUCUCACACCAAAUCUACACCAUGUGCAGAGAUUGGCCAUCGUUGCCCUGAUGCUCGUCACCUUCUCUGCCAUCAGCUUCAUUUUCGUGCUCUGUCAGCUGAUGGAGCUCAGGUUCGGAAAGGAAGCAUGGAAACAUAUAAUUCUGUUUACCUAUGGACUGCUGUGUAUCUCUUCUCUCCUCCUGUUUGCCACCUCCAUCAUCUGGAUGCAGGAAGAAGGUCUUUCUGUUACCUUCAUCUUGCUUGGGAUGUUCUUCUUCACUGCGGUAAUAGGAACUGCCCAGGCGGCAGCAGCAGUGGUGUGGAAACCUGCAGCUCUCAGCCGCUUCAAAAUGAAAAUGUGGCACUGUGUCAUCCGGAACUCCAUAGCCCCCACAACACUGAUUGUCAACUUGUUGUUCACCACCCUUUUGCUCCACAAUAUCCAGCAGCUCCAUGAGCGAGGCUGCUCAGAGGCUGUUGAUCUGAUGACCAGCUGUGUCUUUGCUGCUGCAGCUGUUGUCACUGCACUGCUGCUGCUCUUCCUAUGCUAUCACGGGAAAAAGCGUAAAGAGCAGAUGAUGAGAAGCCAUCACACCAACAGGAGCACACGAGUCAGGGCCACCAUGCAGGUGAUGGAAGAAAUACACGGACAGAGGGGGUAAACGGUUGUGCCUACUCCAGCCAGGGAGCUGCGUCCACACGCUGUGGGCAGCCGAAGCAAAGUAUCCGUAAGCUCUGCCUCUACCCAAGCACCAGUGAGGCAAGGCUUUGGCAAAAAUCUUGCCAAAAUGCUGCAACCCAAGUCUCCACACAAUAGCUCCAGGUGACAAAUGAUACUCCCUCCCCUGCCACUUCCCCUGCCCUCUAUUUGUAACACCCAGGCUGAGAGAAAACAUGAGCCAUUCGUCUUGUUAUGCUGGUCAUCACCCAAGCCAGGGCAGCUUUUCCAUGAGCCAGAAAUCAUAUCAGACCCCAAGCUGGAGGUUAACCACCCUCACUAACGCUGUCACACCACAUGCCUGAUUUUUUAAUAUGUUAAUGAGUCAACAACAAUAAAAAGAUGUGUAAAUGUCAGUCAAGGGAAAAAGCUGAUGCUCUGGAGUGUUUUGAGGAAUUUGAUCCAGUUGUCUCAAUGUAUUGCUGUAUUAAUUAGCAUAGACAUCUGCAAAAGAGCAGGGGAACUCUCAGUUUUAGUCGCCGGCCUGGUCAAUGUUCUUUUCACUAUAAAAGACACAAGUUCCACACUGCCCAAGCGCUGCCGAGAUGUGCUGCUGCCAGAGCUGCCCUGCCUGUGUUUCUGAAGCUUUAAGCUGCCCCUGGUUUGCUUUCAGCAGAGCUCUGCCUGGCGUUUGGGAAGGAUGACCAGGAAAGGCAGCUCCAUCAGCACCCAUAGGUGCCAUCAUGGUUAAAGCACCCCUGAACUAGAUCAGGAAAAAACAAACAAACAAACAAACAAACAAACAAACAAACAAACUUAUGUUCCUUGUUUCUCCACUUUGUUGUAACCCCUCUAAUAAACGUAUUCAACAUUGGA